AUGGCUACAUCCAUCCUUAGCCUACUUGGAGGCAUACUAGUCAUAUAUGUAGUUGCCCAUCUCGCUCGGCGGGCAAAGCUACCCCCAGGUCCCCGUGGCCUGCCACUGCUUGGGAACCUUCACCAAGCACCGAAAGGUGCACCGUGGUUGACCUUCACCAAGUGGAUCAAGCAGUACGGGAACAUUGUUUCAGUCAACCUUGGAGGUACCAUCAUCAUAGUUGGUGAUUAUGAAACGGCCAAAGAACUUCUCGACAAGCGAAGGAACAUCUAUAGUAGCAGGCCGCGUCUCGUCAUGGGGCACGAGUUAGUGUGCAACAGCAAUCCGAUCGUGUUCAAACCUUUUGGUACAGAUUUCCUUCUACACCAGAAGCUUCAAGCGCCGGUAUUGAGCCCGCGGGCAACGGCUUGCUACACACCUAUUCAAGACUUUGAGAGUCAACAACUACUCAAAAGCCUUCUGAAGUCAUCCGGAAGCAUCGCGCAUUGCGUCGAAGUGUUUGCAACGAGCUUGGCUUACUCAAUGGCUUUCGGGAUGCGUAUCCACACCGGAAAGGAGUGGCAGGUGGAACGAACUCGCGAAUGCAUGAAAAACUUCCACGUUGCCGGCCAACCAGGAGUUUGGAUCGUGGAUGCGCUGCCGUGGCUCAACUACCUGCCCGCAGCCAUUGCGCCUUGGAAGCGCCAGGCCGCAAAGUGGUUCUAUGAGCUCGACGACCUGCACGUCAAGAGCUACAACGAGGCGCUCGGACGCGAGGGAUGGAACUGGGCGAAAGACUUUGAGAGGGCUGCCGAAGCCCAGAGCAUGACUGAGCAGCAGAUCGCCUGGGACGUUGGUAUACUCGCCGAUGCUGGGGUUGAAACCAUGAGCGCUACCCUCAUGAUCUUUGUCCUCGCAUGCGUCGCGCAUCCUGAAUGGCUCACGAAGGCGCAGAAGGAGAUCGACCAAGUCGUAGGCGAGCGACUGCCCGGGUUUGGGGAUCUGAAGGACUUGCCGUACAUCCAGGCGGUAGUAGAAGAGGUUUUCCGCUGGCGUCACCCACAACAGGCCGGCAUUCCGCACGCCACGACCCACGAGGACUACUAUCAGGGUUACUUUAUCCCCAGGGGAUCUGUUGUCAUCCCAGUCUUUUCCGCGAUGCGUCACAACGAGGACCUUUUUGACAAGCCGGCAGAGUUCCGCCCCGAACGCUGGAUGGGCAUGUCGCAAUCGCAAUUCAACAACUUUGGAUACGGUCGCAGAAUCUGUCCUGGCCGUCACGUCGCGCGCAACUCAGCAAGCAUAGUAGUUGCACGCCUGCUGUGGGCAUUCAAUAUCCGUACGCCGAGUGGGAAGAAACUCGUUGUGGAAGAAAGCAUGUUCACCACGGGAUUUGUAUCGGCUCCGAAGCCUUUUGCGUGCAUCUUCGAGCCCCGGAGCGAGACACAUGUCCACGGUAUCCAAGAGUCCUUUGACAAGGUAGACAAGAACCUUACGACUCUGCUCAACGAAGCGCAUGAGAAGCACAACGCGAUGGGAAUCAAGGCUCGCGCGUAG